AUGUGGGAGACGUCAGAGCUGAGGCAGAAGGGUGCGAUGGUGUCAGUGUUUGGUGUAAAGGUAGAGGAUAUUUUUCAACGUCACACCAAGUUCCCCCCGGUGAUUCUAGACUUCCAGCCCAGAGGGAUCUUCCUGUCUGACAACCAUGUUAUUUUGUACGGCUCAGAGGUGUGGACAUCGUCAGAUAGAGGCUCUACCUUCACGUGGGUGUUCUCUCUAGACAAUCAGAUGGUGAUAGACGCGCUGAGCUGUACUGUCAAUGGUGUGGUAGUGUUCUUUACUGACCAUGGAAACCUCUACAUCAUGAAGUCAGGUCUUGCCAGGUUUGCGUGGUUGAACGAGACCCUGGAUGUAACCAGUACUCUACUGUGUGGUCACAUGGGCAUCCUGAUUGCUGUUCAGUUGGACAAAGACAAACCCAGUGGCUUUAGCCACAGGAACAUCGAGAUAGACCAUCUCAUAGAGAAACAUGAGAUGGGUUUUGACAAAGCCCUGGCCCUCCAGUACCUCACAGACCACACAGUCCUGCUCCACGAGAAUGCUGUCAUCAAUGACCAUGCUAACGGAAACAACCGCCAGGGCAGGACCAACCCUCUCACCGUGGCACCCGCCAGCCACUUCUCACCUAACCACGUGGGCAAGGUCAUCUACUUCAGUGACGGUGGGAUGGUGGUGAUCACAGAGGUGUUCCGGACUCACUAUCAGGGGGGGUUCUCCGGGGCCAUCGUCGGGGAGAUCCUGGAGCCAAUCAAAGGAGCCAGCCUGAAUGCGGAGCCUAUGCAGUUAUGUGACCUGUUGGUGAAGACGGGGGAGCCCGAGGGGCUCAUUGUUACACUGCAGCUCAAAGACCUAGAUCCGUCCCAGGGGUUUAAUUUGUCCCACGUGGGGAAGGCUGUGGUAGCACCAGGCUUCAGCAGUUACCUCAUCACAGGGCUGGUGCACAGCGGCAGUGCCCUAGCCAAACCCACUAUGCCAGCCCUAGUGCUCCCCCUGACCAGCCAACGGUCAGGAGAGUGGCUGCUCUUCCACUCUGCAGGCCGGGGGAGCUGGGGGAUGACCCUGCAGUCAUUGGACGGUGUGAGGAAUAACGCUCUGAUAAGGAUCAAUGUCAGAGAAGAGCUCAACUUCACCUUCAAGGCCUUCAUGUCCGACUACUCUCUGUCCAUGGUGUACCAUAAGAAGUUCAUGCGUGUGGUUCUGACCAACCCUCUGGCCUUCCGAGUCACAGCCAGACACUCCUGGGAUGACACCAACAACCACAUACUCACCCUCACCACCUUCAGUCACCUCUGCAAGAAGGCAACCACCACAGUGAUGGUAUACAUCCCAGAAGCCUCUCUGUUGUGUAGGUCCUCCUCCUUCACCUUCACGCUACAGAACUCCUGCCCCGAGGGACUCCAAAUCGUCUAUGUCUCCCAACAGCCAAUCAGUGACCACGAAUGGAUCCACACGGAUCCAGUAGAUCACAUGAACAACAAGAGGCUCUUCAACCUGCCUGUGAACUACCGGCCUCCCUCCCAACUAGGUGUUUUAAUCCCGACCACAGACAAUAUCUAUAACGCUGACCCAAGUCAUCCCCACCCCAGACAGUUCUACCCCAUCUCCAAGAACUCUGGUCGGUAUAAGCAGUGUGCAGGGAAAAGGUCAGCAGAGGAAUGUGGCUGUACAGACAGACUGAAAGUCUCUCCUCUAGCCAUCAACUCUGACUGCAGACAGAGGGUGCUGAGACUAACGUUUCCUGUGACUGACUUCAACAUCACCUUGUUCCUGAGGAGAACCAACCACGCUGACCACCCGCUCUGCUCUCCUUACUUUGUUACUGUCACGGAGGUCAACAACCGGACCAGCUGGAAGGUCACAGGGACCCAUGCCACCCCCACCAUGGACAGGAUGAGACAAUAUUUUGAAGACAGUCUAAAGAACAAUCUCUACAACCCAGAGGGACUGCAGAUCAGCCUUUAUGGCUCUGAGCUUUUCCACUUCCGUAUCUCUGUCAUUCCUGGAGUUGUGUUGUGUGACCUGGUGGAGGAGGUACAGAUCUACGUAGACGAGCCUCCGCUGGCGUUCCCAACCCAACACCUCGUCAACAACAUGACAGCCAUCAUCCUGGGAGGCUUGCUGCUCGUUGGCUUCCUUCUCAUAUACAACGGCGUUGCCAUGCCAACCAAGAGCAGCAUCAAAACCCUCCUCAAGAAACACAAGCCCACCAUCUCCCCAACCAGGACCCAGAACUCUACCACAACACAGGGACAUGAGUAG